ACCCGCAGCUCCAGUCAGCACAACAUGGUUGCUUGACUGAGCAGUGUGUUAAAGGAGCCUGCUGGAAUCUCAGCGGGUAGCUGCUACAGAAAACCUGACCUUUUCUCCCUCAGAUUUCUAGCUUAGCGAAUCAUUUUGGACUAUCCUCUCAAUUCUAGCUGAGGAUUUCUUGGUCAACAGGACACGAAGAGCGCCAAACAAUGGAAUGCCCUCUCCUGCCUGCAUUGCUCACAGCUUCAGAGACUUCAGAGGUUAAACGGCUUAGUUAGCAGUGUACCUUCUCCCCCUAGAACACACUUGGCCAGGGGAAGAAGAGCGUCUAACGAAAAAGAAGGGGAUUUUUUUUUCCUUUAAAAACAAAGCACCUUACUUUUGUUUAAUUUAUCACUCCAGAGUUGUUUAAUUUUAUUUGAAUCAAAUUUAAGAACAGACACCAUAAUGGAUUUAUCGUCAUAUCUAUGGCUGGUUGUAAUUGGGUUCAUCAUCGCCUUCAUCCUGGCAUUUUCAGUGGGAGCCAACGAUGUAGCAAACUCAUUCGGCACAGCGGUGGGCUCGGGGGUUGUCACGUUACGCCAGGCCUGUAUCCUGGCCUCCAUUUUUGAAACGCUGGGCUCCAUACUCCUUGGCGCAAAAGUGGGUGAGACCAUUCGGAAGGGGAUUAUAGAUGUCAACUUGUACAAUGAUACUGUACCUAUACUGAUGGCAGGCGAGGUCAGCGCCAUGGUUGGGUCUGCGGUUUGGCAGCUCAUUGCCUCGUUCCUUAAGUUGCCAAUUUCUGGAACACAUUGUAUAGUGGGGUCUACUAUUGGCUUCUCUAUGGUGGCCAUUGGCACCAGAGGAGUACAGUGGAUGCAGCUAGUCAAAAUUGUUGCUUCAUGGUUCAUCUCUCCUCUGCUGUCAGGCCUCAUGUCUGGCCUACUCUUCUAUGUCAUCAGAUUUUUCAUUCUUAAUAAAGAUGAUCCUGUUCCAAAUGGCCUCCGUGCUUUGCCCCUCUUCUAUGCAUCAACUAUCGGCAUCAACACAUUCUCCAUCAUGUACACAGGAGCUCCCUUGUUGGGCUUGGAGAUGCUCCCAGUGUGGGCUAUCGCCCUCAUCACCCUGGCCGGCUCUCUGGUGUGUGCUGCUGUGGUCUGGAUCAUUGUCUGCCCCUGGAUGAGAAGGAAAAUAGCAAGUCGUUUGAAAAAAGAACAUGUUCUCUCACGCAUCUCUGAUGAGAGUCUAGAUAAGAUUCCCGAGGAAGAAGAGGAGGCUCCGGUGUUUAAAGAGCUUCCAGGGGCAAAGAGUAAUGACGAUUCUGAACUGCCCUUGGCUGGAGAAUCCACUGGGGAGCUAAAUAGCCUGGCCAAUGGUGGCACCGUCCUUCCUAAUGGCCGGGUGUAUGGUCGCACUCACUCCAUGACAAAUGGCUGUUUGAAAUCGCCAGUGUCCAAUGGAAGCUUUGCUUUUGAUGGACAUAUGCGCAGUGACGGCCAGGUGUACCACACUGUGCACAAGGAUUCUGGUCUCUACAAGGAUCUGCUACACAAGAUCCAUGUGGGCCGGCUGGAGGAAGAGCGGCCUGACGUCAGCCACCGGGUCCUACGCCGCAACAACAGCUACACGUGCUACACAGCAGCCAUCUGCGGCUUGGCCGUACAGCCCCUGUUGCGCUCCGAGUCAAAUGCCGCAGCGCCACCUGAGGACAGUGAGAAGCUGGUGGGUGACACAGUCUCCUAUUCUAAGAAGCGUGUCCGUUAUGACAGCUACUCUAGCUACUGCAACGCCGUGGCCGAGGCUGAAAUCGAGGCAGACGAGGGGGGCGUGGAUGUAAAACUGGGAUCCGAGAAGCAUGAGGCUCAAGGUGCAGGAGUGGUGCUGGAGGACUGCGUUGAUGAGGACAAAGAAGAGAAGGACAAGCCCCAGGUUUUUCUGCUCUUCCACUUUCUUCAGAUCCUCACUGCCUGCUUUGGGUCCUUUGCACACGGUGGCAAUGAUGUCAGUAAUGCCAUCGGCCCACUGGUGGCACUGUGGAUGAUCUAUGAACAGGGUGGGGUAAUGCAGGACGCAGCCACACCUGUAUGGCUGCUCUUGUAUGGUGGAAUCGGCAUCUGCACUGGCCUGUGGGUGUGGGGACGCCGUGUAAUCCAGACCAUGGGCAAGGACCUCACGCCCAUCACGCCUUCCAGUGGAUUCACUAUUGAGCUGGCUUCAGCGGUGACUGUUGUGCUGGCGUCCAAUAUUGGACUCCCUAUCAGUACCACACACUGCAAGGUGGGUUCAGUGGUGGCUGUUGGCUGGCUGCGUUCACGGAAGGCCGUAGAUUGGCAUCUCUUCCGGAACAUUUUCCUGGCUUGGUUCGUCACGGUUCCUGUAGCAGGCCUGUUCAGCGCCGCUGUCAUGGCCCUGCUCAUCUACGGCAUCAUGCCUUUCGUAUGAGGGCAGAGAUAGAGAGAAUUGUAGUAAGGUGGUUGGGAAGGCGAGGGGAAAAAAAAUUUAUAGACCAGGAGAUGGUAAGAUGAAAGGACAGAUUGAAAAAUAGUUAAUGGGGGGAAUGGCCAUAGAGAGGGUGCUCAAAAGCUGACUGGGAUGCAUCUAGAAUCUUCUGAUUAACUGUCCUUUGUUAUCUUUACAAAUGUAUCUUCUUCUUUUUUUUUCUUCCUGUUUUAGCUGUUGUAAUGUUACUGAACACUGUAGGUCUCAUGUUUCAUCCGUAACACAAUGAAGCAGUAACACAAGAGUUUCUCAUAAAAAAAGUAAUCAUGCCAACAAAAUUUGCUAAUCAUCCUCAAAGGUGUGACUACAUGGGCAAAAGCUCAGAUCAGCACAUAUGAACUUAUAUAUAAAUAUAUACAGUAUAUACACACACGCGCACACACAGAGAUGCAUUCAUUCUUCAAUUAGUACACACCAUACUGAGAUAUGACAAGAAGGUGUUUCAUAAAGCACCGUAUAGCACAAUUUAGCAUAAUUUUGAAAGCACAAAGCUUCAUUGACCUACUUCGCUAAAUGGCUAUAUGGGGCUUUAUUUAAUAUGAAAUAUACACUGUAUGAUGAUAUAACAGCUGCAAUAUACUAUGUCCACUCAAAUGGAAAAACUGGUGAUGUAAAUGUUGGUAAACUGUUAAACAUUGGAGGCCGUACAAGGUCUGCACUGCAAUAACUGCUGUAUCUCUUGGAACUUUGAUUGAUUUAGGGUCCCUAAACUCAACUACAUGUAAAUAUUGUGUUAUUCACCAUACCUCAAGUCUCUGCCAUUUAAAUAAAGCUAGUGAGUCAAAAUAUAGGGAUGGAUGGAGUAAAACACUAUAAAUCUGAUAUAAUUGUCAUUGUUGGGUUAAAAAAAACAAAAACGCCUAAUCAUAUUUAUUCAGAUUAUUUUUCAUAAAAGUUUUUAAAAAUAUAACGUAAACAACAAAACGCUAUCUUUACUUUUAACAGUAAUGCUAACAUUUCUUCUGUAGAUAUAUUCCGCAAUAGACUUUGGAUAAGCUCUUUUAUUUAUAAAAUCUCUAGACAGCUUGGACAGAGCAGUCACAAGCUACUGAAGAUUACUAAAGAAAAAUAAAUGCAUCAAGGACUUAAGAUUUCUAACAAAUCAAGAGCUGCAACACUAAAACAGCAUUUUAUAUGAUUUUUAGAUAUGCUUUAGAUAAGCUUUUAAUCCAGCCCAGUUAUUUUUAUAUUGGAUUUCAAAUUUGAGCUAAGAAUCAAUUCCUGGACAGUAAUUUGUAAAAGGCGAAGACUGAUGCACACCAAAAUAUACCACUCUCUUGAUAAUUAAUCACAUUUCAUUAAUAAAUCACUAGAAUAGGAGAAGAAAAAAUACUGUAAGUUUAGGCACUUUAGGUGUUUUCAUUAAUUAUAUAUAUAUAUAUAUAUAAUACACAUACCCACAUUUUUUAAAAAUUAUAUAUAUAUAUAUAUAUAUAUAUAUAUAUAUAUAUAUAUAUAUAUAUAUAUAUAUAUAUAUAUAUAAAAUGUGUGUAUAAAUAUAACUGGGAAUACAUAAAAUCGGAGUUAAUCUUUGGUAAAUAUUUUAACAAAGAAUAACUCCGAUUUUAUGUAUUCCCAGUUAGACUUAAAGGCAUUAAAUCAUUUUGUCUUUAGUCUCUCAUUCGUUAUUUGAAAAGCCAAACACAAAGUAUCUGUAUACAGUAUUUAUAUUCACUGUAACAAGGCAUGCCAAUAGAGCCCAACAAAAAUGCCAAGAUAAUGCCUAAGUGUGCAGACAGCCAAAAUCUUUAACAGUACAUACGCAAAUAUGCACACACACGCACACCUAUAUACACACCAGCAUUUGUGCAUACUGUUUGGGAAAGGCAGUGUUAGAAAUCGAGUAAGGAUAGACCCAACUACUGGUGAGAAAAUAUGAUGACUCUCAUUCAUUAUAGUGUCACUCAAUUUAAUCCACAGCCUGUCGAGAAUCUGGCCAUAUGAGGUCAGUGUCAGGUUACUAGUUACUCAUUUACAAAAUAUGAUGGUCAUAAGUGUUUGGUGCUGGUCUGAAUAACACCUUAAUGCUCUACCUACAGAAUGUGGCUUUGAACCAAUGCAAAGUGUUAACUUUAUUUUUCCUCGUGAGUGUAUUAUACUUUUUUGUUUGUUUGUUUGUUUGUUUGUUUGUUUAUAUCUUUCAUCAUGAACAAAUCUAUGCUUCGGUGCCCAUUUGCCUUGUAAUAUUGUGCUUUACUGUUUGCCGAAUACAGUAACGUCAGUACUGUGGUGUUUACAUUAUCACACAUAGGUAGAAAUAACUCAUUAUGUUGCCUAAAAAUGACAUACUAUUUACUACAAAAUAAUGUAUAAGAUAUACAGGAAUAGUGUGAGGUGUCUCAUGUCAUUUCAUGUUUUAGUUUGUAGCAGUGUGAAUUAUGAUCAUUUGUUGCUUUUACACUGCAGUUAAAAAAAAACAAACAAAUAAAACUAAAGGUGGGUGUGAAUAAAAAAAAAUCAUUAGAUAUAUAAAUUUCAUUCAAACUAUAUUUUUCUACAUAUCUGAGUUUUACCUUGAGUGCUGAAUUUUGGAGAGAGAACUGGGCUAAAAUGAGACCUAGUAGAAAUUUGUUAUAUUGAGAAAUGGAUCUAAAUACAGUAUGUACUAAUAGAAAGUUCUCUCAUUAAUGCAGUAUGUAACAGUAUCAUUCAGGUAAGGGUUUAAUAUACUUUUUAAAAUGGUCUUGGAGAGAUUCCACAUGCCCGUUAUCACCAGAAUUCUGUUUAUAAGUGUGGUGGCUUAUUGUUCAAACUCAACAAUGCUAAAGAUGAUUUUUAGCAACGUACUUGAACAGAAGUAGUGAUACCAUUGUUUAGACAAGGCCGUCUUUGACUAAUUUCUUUUACAAGCAGCAGAUGAUGUCAUUUUCAGCACUUGUCCUCUUUCUAUUGUUAAGAUAUUACCGCGUGAGCAGUCAAACCUCAUGUGACCCAUGUUACUUUGGGGAUGCAGUAGCAUGUGUGGCCACAGGAUGGUAGCAUUUAACUAUUGUAAACGUCCUUCAUUUAGGACAAGUGCCAAUUGCUGUAUUUCAUAAAGCUUUAUGGAUAACUCAUUAAAUCUCUGAAUUGAUUUAGCCCUUAUCUUUAUGAACCUAAUAUGAAUUCGGUGUACAGUAUCAUAUAUGAGAAAUUGGACGAUUUGCAACGUAACCAUCCAGUUAACUAUGUAGAUAACUUUCCAGUUUUGCUUGGCAUCAUAUCAGCAUUCUCCUUUAGUGGGUGUACUGAUUGCAUUUCUUUUUUGUCUUCUCAUUCGCAUUGAAACCUAGAGCGAAUGUAGCCUGCUCCCCUGCUGAUGCCUGCUGCGUGUUUUCCCUGUGCUGCCAUGCUGUAAACUGUCUAGUACCCUCUUAAAACAGGGCCAUAGACCUAAAAUACUACCCUUAUCUGCAUAUGUACUGUAUUGCAGUUUCUAUUUCUUUUUGGAAUUUUUGUGAGAGUUGUCUGCAUUUUGAAUUAAUUAAAUUAUGGGAAUUAAAAUGACAAAGAAUAACA